AGGGGGCACACUUUGAGGCGGAGUCGUUUAGAACCAGGAGACCGUUGCUCAAGGUAGCGAUCACGUGGCGGAGCUUAGGCGGAGCCAGGUGAACACGUGACUAGCCAUAGCCACGUGACAGGGCGGCCUGUGGUGGGCGGGCUUGGAUCACGUGGUAUGGUGAGAGGUGGGCGGGGACCUGCAGCGUUCUUUGGUCGUCUGUGUAGGUGGCGCGCGGCGUCCGCGUCCGCAGUUUUGGGUCGCACCUUACGGCGGGCUCCCCCACCCCUGGUGCCCCACCGUUUACCCCCUCUACCCAUCUACCGCACAGGUCUAGUCCUGUCGGCCUUCGCGCGUCUGUUUGCAGGUGUGCGCAGGCGCGGCGGGGGCUGUUAGCCUGGUCGGGUGGGCGGUGGAGCUCGGGAGUGCGCGGGCGAGACCAUGGCGGGCAGCAGCAUGGGGGGCGGUGGCGUCGGGGAAACGAAGGUGAUUUACCACCUGGAUGAGGAAGAGACUCCCUAUCUGGUGAAGAUCCCUGUCCCCGCCGAGCGCAUCACCCUCGGCGAUUUCAAGAGCGUUCUGCAGCGGCCCGCGGGCGCUAAGUACUUUUUCAAGUCUAUGGAUCAGGAUUUCGGAGUGGUGAAGGAAGAAAUUUCAGAUGACAACGCCCGCCUCCCUUGCUUCAAUGGAAGAGUGGUAUCCUGGCUAGUGUCAUCAGAUAACCCCCAAUCUGAGAUGGCUCCCCUGGCCCAUGAGCCUCGGACAGAACUGGUGCCACCUCCACCACCAUUACCCUGUUUGCCACCAGAGAGAACCAGCGGUAUUGGGGACUCAAGGCCUCCAUCCUUCCACCCUAAUGUGUCCAGCAGCCAUGAAAAUCUGGAGCCUGAGACAGAAACUGAGUCAGUUGUGUCAUUGAGGCGAGAGCGACCUCGAAGGAGAGAAAGCAGUGAGCAUGGUGCUGGAGGCCACAGGCCCAGUGGUUCCUCAAGGCUGGAGCGCCACCUGGCUGGGUACGAAAGUUCCUCUACUCUUAUGACCAGUGAGCUGGAGAGUACCAGCCUGGGAGAUUCCGAUGAGGAUGAUACCAUGAGCAGGUUCAGCAGUUCCACAGAGCAGAGCAGUGCCUCCCGCCUUCUCAAGCGCCACCGGAGACGGAGGAAGCAGCGGCCACCUCGAAUGGAGAGAACCUCAUCGUUCAGCAGUGUCACGGAUUCCACAAUGUCUCUCAAUAUUAUCACAGUCACACUCAACAUGGAGAAAUACAACUUCCUGGGCAUCUCUAUUGUGGGCCAAAGCAAUGAACGGGGUGAUGGAGGCAUCUACAUUGGCUCCAUCAUGAAGGGGGGUGCUGUGGCAGCCGAUGGCCGCAUCGAGCCUGGAGACAUGCUUUUGCAGGUGAAUGACAUGAACUUUGAGAACAUGAGCAAUGAUGAUGCUGUGCGGGUGCUGAGAGAUAUUGUGCACAAGCCUGGCCCAAUUGUCUUGACCGUGGCCAAGUGUUGGGAUCCUUCUCCCCAAGCCUACUUCACUCUCCCCCGAAAUGAGCCUAUUCAGCCAAUUGAUCCUGCUGCCUGGGUAUCACACUCUGCUGCACUCACUGGUACCUUUCCAGCCUAUCCAGGCUCCUCAUCCAUGAGCACCAUUACAUCUGGAUCUUCUCUGCCUGAUGGCUGUGAAGGCCGGGGUCUCUCCAUCCAUAUGGACAUGGCAUCUGUAACCAAGGCUAUGGCAGCUCCAGAGUCUGGUCUGGAAGUCCGGGACCGCAUGUGGCUCAAGAUCACCAUCCCGAAUGCCUUUCUGGGCUCAGAUGUGGUCGACUGGCUCUACCAUCAUGUGGAGGGCUUUCCUGAGCGCCGAGAGGCCCGAAAGUAUGCCAGUGGGCUACUGAAGGCAGGUCUCAUCCGACACACUGUGAACAAGAUCACCUUCUCUGAGCAGUGCUAUUACGUCUUCGGGGACCUCAGUGGUGGCUGUGAGAGUUACCUAGUCAACCUGUCUCUGAAUGAUAAUGAUGGUUCCAGUGGGGCUUCAGACCAGGACACCUUGGCUCCGCUGCCUGGGGCCACUCCCUGGCCCCUGUUGCCCACUUUCUCCUACCAGUACCCAGCCCCUCACCCCUACAGCCCACAGCCCCCACCCUACCACGAACUAUCCUCCUACACCUACGGUGGGGGCAGUGCUAGCAGCCAGCACAGUGAGGGGAGCCGGAGCAGUGGGUCAACACGAAGUGAUGGGGGGGCCGGGCGCACAGGGAGGCCUGAGGAACGGGCCCCUGAGUCCAAGUCGGGCAGUGGCAGUGAGUCUGAGCCCUCCAGCCGGGGGGGCAGUCUUCGGCGAAGUGGGGAACCUGGUGGGACUGGCAAUGGGGUCCCUCCUCCAUCCAGGAAUUCAACAGCGGUUGCUCCCAAUCUCCGAGCCCAUCCAGGCCUCCAUCCCUAUGGACCUCCUCCUGGCAUGGCUCUCCCCUACAACCCCAUGAUGGUGGUCAUGAUGCCCCCACCCCCACCCCCUGUUCCUGCAGCAGUACAGCCCCCAGGGGCUCCUCCAGUCAGAGACUUGGGCUCUGUGCCCCCAGAACUAACAGCCAGCCGCCAAAGUUUCCACAUGGCUAUGGGCAACCCCAGUGAGUUCUUUGUAGAUGUUAUGUAGAGCCCACCAUGGGGCCAUGCUGGGUCUUUGCCCUUGCCCUGUCCACUUAUGGCUUGGUGCUUCUGUUCUGUGACUGGGUGUCUUUUUCAAUCACAUCCUCAAUUCUUCACAGUGCCUGGGCUCAGCCUGGUGGCUGCUGCUUACCAUAAGGUUAUUGCCACUGUGACUCACCAGCAGUGCCUGGUCCUGCCCCUUCUCAGGGGUAGAUAAGGGCCCUUUGGUUAUUUUUAGCUUUAUUUUUUUAUAAAUCUUUUUUUUAGGGGUUCAGAUAGAUUUUCUUACAUUUUUGGGACUAUUUUUACUAGAUAUUUCCUCUUUUAUAUGAAGAAUCCCCAUCUCUUGGGUCCCUUCUAACUCCAGAAUGUGACCACCUCCACUUGCCCAGUUAGUGCUGUCCUUUGCAGGGUGGAGGGUGGUCAGUGGUACCCUGGGAAGAGGAAGGGGAUUGGGUACCCUGGGAAGAGGAAGGGGAUUGGGUACCCUACAUAGUAGUCCAAGUAAGCUGGGGUAUUUGGUAUUUGGGGGCCAUGUAA